CAAUUAUGUGCAUCGACCAAAAUAUAAUACGUAGAUUUUUCAACGUUACUUUUGUAGUAUAUUUGUGCAUAACAUUUUUUAACUAAUUCACAAGAGUUAAAACGAUUAGAUUGAUAAAAAUUCAAUGUAGCUGUUUUGAAUUCUCCAUUAUUUACUUCUUGCGAUGUGCCCAUCGAAAUUUUAGAUGAAUAAAAAAAAUAAAACUUCAACAGCGAGGGAAACUGUUUACGAUCGAUGCGCUUAUGUAGGGUGCUACAAUGGAAAAUUUAUCAAUGGUCGCAAACUAUUCCACUUUCCAGCAGAGACUGAUAGACGUCUUGAAAUGUGGAUUGAAAGAAGCGGGAAUUUUCGUCUGCGAACAUGGGCAGCAACAUCAUUACGCAAAGCAGGGCUUUGCGGUGAUCACUUUGAUGAGAGAUCAUUCACGAAUGCCACGCGGAAAGCGUUGCGUCGUAACGUAGUACCGAGGCAUUAUACAGAAGACUUUAAGUACAGACAAGCGAGUCGAGAGAAUCAAGAGAAUGAUCGUAAUAACGCACUCGAUCCAUUAAGCGGCGAUGGUAUCGGAGAAAUGAUGAAUUUCGAGAAAACGGCUUUACUCUCAGGCGAAUUCGAGGAGCUGCAAGAAGUAACUUAUGAUGAAAAUGAAUUCGGAAAAGUCAUGAAACAAUCUAAUCAGGAUGACACAACGUUGGUGGGGAUUAACGUAGAGUCAGAAACGAAAAGUCGAUCAUCUUCCCCACUCGUAGAGUUUAUCGUCGAGGAACUCGACGAAACUUUGCUUCCCCCAAAAUCACCGUCCUCAAUCGACAGUUCGAUAGAUAAAGCGGUUGAUGAUGCAGAUUAUCAUGAUGUAAAACGAAAAAAUGAAAUAGCUGAGGAAAUGUCGGAACCAGCGAUGCGUUUCGAGACGUCGGACGUUGAGGAGAAUUCGAGAUUCACCGAAACGCCUUUAGACGUAAUUGGAUCGAAUGGAGUGUCGAGACGGAGAAAUCCAUUGGUGAAAGGGGUCAGUGAUUCUGAAGAUCUAGGGCAUUCCACGGAUAUUUCAUUACCACAAAAACGAACGUGCUGCCCUUAUAAUGACCUCUGUUCGAACCUUGCACACGGAAAAACAUUGCGGGCUCUUAGAAACGAGAACAAACAAUUGCGCAGAAAAAUACGACUCUUGAAGCAGAACCUUGGGAGCUCAGAAGCGCGCGAGUCAAAUAUCAUGGAAGCUCGUAGUGUGAUGAGAAAUAUUGAUGAAUUUCUCGACGUUCAAGGAUGCACAAACCCUGCGACUCGUGCAAUCGUCAAAUUGUCUCUACACAAACCGAAUACUUCGUAUACCAAUGAGGAAAAGGACUUCUCGAUACAAUUUUACAAAAGUUCCCCUGAAGCUUUCUUUAACCUAAGAAAAAUCGGUUGCAAUGUUCCAGGGCAAAGUACAAUGGAACGUUGGCUAGCCGAAGAGAAUCAUGAAAAAAUAGUGAAUUUUGUCACGACGAAUAAGGUGGAUGAGGACCCAGAGGUCGUGGCUUCUCUUGACAGCGACAAGGUCAAUUAUGUUAGCAACCUCAACGGAAUAUCGCAAGAUCCUUUGACGUUGAUCCACAUGGAAACUGAAAUCCAUUACAUGCCUGAAUCUAUCGACGAUGUUGAAGUUCUCAGUAGCCCCGUAGUCCCAGACCAUGUUCUCCAUAAUUUUGAAGUUCAACCUGAUAGUGAUCGAAGUGACAAAGAAUUUGUCGAACCUCCGGACAUCUGUCAAGAAACUCUAUCGUAGAACCAAGAUUCUGUAUCCUAGUACUGUGCAUUUCUUUCGAAGGUUCUAACUAUAGUAAUAUAUUGAAAGUAAAAGUGGAUCGAGCACUUUUAUCAGAGAUUAGUUUUCCCCAGAUAAUUUGAGGAUAAGACGGCCAAAUUGGAAGGUGGAAUUGUUUAAUUGGGUUGCUAAUGAAACCACGGAGCGUUUAGUUGCUCUAAACAUCGAACAAUAUAUUAUGACGAGUGGUAGUUUUGGAUUUUUUUGUAUAUAACUCUUGUUUUGUAACAUUAUUGGAAUUUGUGCAAAAAGACAAUUUUUUUAUAAGAGUGUAUGAUUUUCUCCAACUACAAGAAUCUUUAUUCGAUAGGGAAUUCCCAUCCCAGUCCGGGCGGAAUGCAGAAAGUCAUAGACAAACAUAGUUUUUGGGAUUUUUCAAAUUCUUCCAAUAGUUAUACUAUUAUCAGAACUACUUUACCGAGCAACCUUAAUUAGAGAAUUAUGAAUCUAUGCAGACUGAGGGAAGAGUUAGAGCAGAGUAAAGCUUAACUAUUUGAUUUUCACAAAUAACAUUUUUAAUUUAAAAAUUAUAGAAUGAUUUUUCGAAUAGAACAAUUUAUCCGACUAAAGAAUUGGCAAACUUAUUCUGUUUUCGCUGCUCUGAACUCUGUAUAGAUCCAUGAACCGAACCACUUUGUUUUCAUGAAUACAAUCACUGUUGCAAUUUACAUGAAUAAUUUUGAGAUGAUUUUUUUUACCCUUUGCCUAUUUUACCUACUGUAACCUUGCCAAUAUUCUUUUUCAAUAUUAAAAAAGUUGAAUCGAUGGACAUUAAAAAGUUUUGUGCAUUAGCCGAUAAGGAUAGAAUUGAUGGAUUGAGGUAUGAAGCUUUGAAAAGUGGGAUAAAAUAAAAAAACAACAAUGACAAACAUACAAAUACGAACAAUAAAAAUUUCCGUUUUUUAUUUGUCCCGACACUAGAACAGACAUAAUGAUGUGACGAUAUCAAAAAUUCUUCAUGGUCCUAUGAAAUUCUUGCUUGCUGUGAGAAAUAAAAAAAACAGUUGACGAAAUUUUUUAUUUUAAGUGCUCUCGGGAAUAUUUUGAGAAUUAUGUAUCGACGUAAUCGCUAGGAAAACGAAAUUUUCAAGAGCACACAAAAACAUUUCAAUCGGUUAAUUGGAUUUCGACUACGAUUCACUGAAACGAAGUCCUCAAUUUGGAGAUAAACGCAUUGAGAAUAAAGUUCUAAUUCGAUCAUCA